AUGACUCAUAAUGUAUACAAUAAGUUUCAUCCGUUCUCUUCACUUAUUCUUUGUAUCACGAGUCAAAGGAUGCAAGUUGAUAUAUUGUCCACCAUUAUUUGGCUUGCUGUUCGACGCGAUGAUGACCGAACAGUAUCUGAAAGUAUUCGACAACUACGAACUUUUAUUGCACCGAUUCACAGAUUUGAAAGUGUAGAAGAUUGCUUCGCCUAUUUAUGGAAGUCGACAGCGGAAAAAAUAGUCCUAGUCGUUCAUGAACAAUUCACGAGAGAGAUUUCUCCUCAAAUUAAACAACUACCGUACAUCGUGGAAAUUAAGGUUUACGAUGACAAUCGAACAGAAGAAAUAGAACACUUAUUGAAAGAUUUUCACAGUCGGGAUCAAAUUCAAUUGCAACAUCGGAUUCGCAUAAAUGAACCAUUGCCUAUCAAAAUAUUGAAUACAGAUGGACAAACAUCGAGAGCAAUCGAUGGUGGUUAUCUUCACUUUCAUCGCUUUAUUGAAGUUAUUCUCCAAAAUGAAACCAAAGUACCGGAACGGAGCGAUUUGAUUCAAUAUUUUCGAGAAAUAUAUGAAAAAGAUAAAGUCAACUUGCACAAAGUCGACCAGUUCGAAAAAACCUAUCACCAACAGAAUUGUCUGAAAUGGUACGCGAACGAACCAUUCAUGUAUGCAACCUUGAAUCAAUCUCUUCGAACGCGAAACAUUGAAUUGAUUCUUCUUUUCGGAUUUUUUAUUCGAGAUCUCAACGAACAACUUCAGUUGUUAGCUGGUGAACAGCCGAAAACAACUCUAAUACUUUAUCGGGGACAAUGGAUGUCGAAAACCGAAGUCGAACAGAUCGAACGGUGUCAAAAUCAACUCAUUUCAAUCAAUUCAUUUUUCUCUACGAGCUUAAAUCCCACUGUCGCCUCGUUAUUUCUUGCGAGUACGAAUAAUUCCGAUGAUCGCGAACGAGUUCUGUUUAAAAUGGAAGUCGAUCCUCGUGUCCUUAAUAUAAAACCAUUUGCGAAUAUUUCUUCGAUAUCUUCUUUUGCAGAUGAACAAGAAAUUCUGUUCAUGACCAAUAGCAUCUUUCGAGUACAGUCAGUCGCUUCAAAUAAGGAUAAGCAAAUCGUCAUUCGAUUAACUCUAUGCAGCGAGAAUGAACACAAUCUUAAAAAUGUUUAUGCACGAUUGUGCCAUGGUCAAAGUAAAGGCUCGUUAACACUUGGAGAUGUUUUACUCGAUAUGGGACAAGCAAAGUUAGCAGAUCGGUAUUCCAAAUGGAUUUUUAAUCAAGUGAAACCGAAUGAGCUAUCGAAUUAUUAUAACCAAUGUGGAAUGAUUGCGGGACACUUGGGAAACCAUCAACUAAGUAUUGAACACUUCCAGAAAGCACUGUUGAAUACAGAUGAAACUGAUAUUGUUGGAUGUGCACAGAUUAAUCAUAACAUGGGUAUAGCUUAUGAUGAAUUAGAAGAUUCAACUGCGGCUUUGGAUUGUUUUAACGAAACUUUGAAUAGAUUCCGAAGUCUAAAAAAAACGGAAGCUUACUCUGAUGACAUUGCUCAAUGUUUCAAUAGUAUUGGAGCUUAUUAUGCAGAUCAGAACGACUACGAAAAAGCCGUCGAGAAUUUCACAGCCGCUCUCGACAUUCUACGCGAGUUCUGUCCCCAUAAUUACUCCGACCUUGCGCUAUCCUAUAUGAAUAUUUGUAACGCUUAUGCCGAUCUUGGUCAACAUACAAAAAAAAUUGAAUACUACGAUCGAGCAUUGGAAUUGUACAAGGAUUCGAUUCCUCAUGAUCAUCCUGAACUCCUUGAAUUGUACCAUAAUAUGACUCGAACAUUUGAGGAAGCAAGCCAGUAUUCAGAAGCCAUUGCUGCACUGGAGAAAACGCGUUCAGUACGCCUUGAAACUCUUUCAUUCACUGACUCUUGCAUUGUUAACAUUGAAAAAGAUAUUGUACGUUUGAAACAAGAAGAAGCGCAAGAUGUCCAUAAACAAUAA